AGAAAUAUCAUUAAUAUACAGUGUCAAAUCUGGUUGCAAAAGUUUUAUUUGCAUUCUGCGGAAGAGACAAUAUUCUUUGAUUCGUAUGAUACAUCAGAAGCUUUUUGUUACGAGAUAAGUGAGAUGUUUUCUUCUGCGUGUUCCGUGUUGUACUUGCGUGAGAAUUUAGAUGAGAUAAUGACAGAGAAGUAUUUCAUCUUGCUACGGCAAAUUACGUUAGUAAAUCAAAUAAUUUGUUGAAAAAAUAGACAGAAUUUUAAGAUAAAUGAAAUUGUAAUAUGUUUUAGAACACGAAGAUGGUCGACGAACGUGCUCAAGCAAUCUCGGUUGCAAAUUGUUAUUCCGUGUUGGUCGAUGAUAUGUUUCCAGGUUUUAAAGAUUACCUUGCAAAGCAUGUGACACUCAAAUGGUUCGGACAAUAUAUCAAGGGACGGAAAAACGUAGCUGAUUUUAUGUUGUCCGAUAAAAGAAAAUCCAUCCACAAAUUUCAUAAAAUUAUGCCGACUUCUAACAUCACUUGGAAAAAGUCAUAUCGGAGGAAAAGACAGUCUUCAGAUCAAAACACUGAUGUUAAAGAAGCAGAGGGUGAUAUCUACACGAGCAAUUGUUCUCGUCAAGAAGCUUCGUGCGAGACUGAAAUGCCAACGACCCACGAAAAGACAAAAAGUUUCAAAAGAUUCAAACGGUACCAAGAAAGCGAUGCAGAAGACACGGACUUGAUGCAGAAAAAUUGCGAUAGAUGUGACUCUCUUAACAAAACACGUAUGAACGUAUCAACGGUUUGCAAUUACGCGGAUGAUCACGUUUGCAAGAAUAGAAAUGAUACGAAUGCAACUACCGACUUGAAUGACGGGUGUUACGACCUUAACGAGGGCGAUCUCCGUAAUCUUUUCGAGCUCGAGAUUACGUCUGAGACCGUCGAGGAGAUACAGAACAUUAAUAGGAUAAAAUUGAAAGAGGAAAUGGCACCAACUAUCAGAGUCAUCAACAGAGAGCGCGACCAAGAAGAUAGACCUGUUGCUGUUGCUGAAACUGGGACGACAAAGUAUCUGGAGGCAAUCGGAAAAAUAAGUUUGUCAUAUGUAGACAUGCCAGAAGAUUCUACGUUCGGGCAUUAUUGGCCGAGAUGUAUAAAGACCUGGAAACAAACGUGCAAAGUGCAAAUCGCAUAUUCAAUCCUAACCGUUGGUAAUUCAUCAAAGACUGCUAAAAAGAACGAUGUAAACGUUCAUUCAAGUCAUCCUACCAUGGUGCAACGUGAUGUGGAAGAAAAGGAAAAGAAUACGGAAAAGGAUAUGGAAACACAAGAAAGAAAUACAAAAAGAGAUACGGAAACAAAAAAUAAAUUACCAUGUAUAGAAGAAUUUAUCCGAGCUAACAAUACAUUGAUUCCAGAUGUGGAUUAUUUCGGUGGAUACUUGAAGCCCGUAAAUUUUUUUGAUGAUCGCAAAGAGUUUAUAGAAACUUUCGAGGCUCAAAUAAAGCAAGAUAAUCCCGGCAUGCAUUCUUCCGUACGUUACGAGGGGGAUAAAUUAAUUUUUGUUUAUCCAAAUAAAGCGUCAUUUCAUGUUACGUAUCAAAUCCACAUGAUCGCUUAUACAAAAUUAAAAAGUAAAAAAAUUCAGAAAGAGGUUAAAGGAAAAGAAAUCGAAAAAUAGUAUAAGAAAUAUGCAAAGAGACGAAUGAACAGUUUCAGGAUGAACCUAUUGCACUUCGUACUUACGCAUUUUGAUUCGACGAUGCAAUCUUGUAGUCAGAUUUAAUCGGAUACGCUUCAGCGAAUUUUUACACGUAACAAUGGGAAACUAUUUCCUGCGUUAAUUUUAGAAACCGUUUAUCUCGCACAAGGAAAAACAUUUUAAGCUCUUACUUUUCACUUCUUUCAUUAUAAUGUAGCGCGUUUAUAUCAUUUUACUAUAUUUUUAUAUGCACUAAACUUUUCUCGAAUAAAUCACAUGUAAUUUUUAGAUAAUAAUUUUAUAAUAAUUAUAUAUCAUGCAUGUACUGCACAGAUAUUAAAAUGCAUACGAUUCGCAUUGUCUCUUAUAGGAUGAUCUCAACUUACACUGAUAAGCGUUUGUGUAAAUAAUAAAACACUCAAGAUACCGCGACGACUUAAUUAUGUUUGCUUAGGUGGAAAAUAUUGAUUUUAUCACAAUCGCAAUGAUUUGAUUUGUUAAACAAUUUUUCUAUGAUUCUAUUGCCUCUGAUUGCUUUGUAAUGCGUUAAUAUGUAUGUAAUCACACAAUAUUGAAUGUAACAUGAUAAUAAUCUGUAUUUAUAUUUCCUUAUUUAUUUAUUUCUAGUAAUCACAUUAUAGAUUUAUAUUAAAUUUCAUUCGAUAUUAAAUCCUUAAAAAUGUGCUUUGUAAUAAUAAUGAUUUUUAUUUUUCCGUUUUAAUAAAUAAAAUUGAAUUUGCAAU